AUGGACGUCUCCUCAUCCGACGUCCAAAACACACCCCCACCAUCAAUAGACCCAACCUUCAACUGGGACGAGAUCCGCCCCCUCCUCCGCAACCCCCCAACCGACCCCUCCUCCUCCGGCGAUCCCACCACUAUCCUUCAAGAAAACUUCCAACCUACCUUCUCCCGCCUCCUCGACACCUACAUGUCCCUCGACCCAUCCGAAACCUUUGACGACAUCGUCUACCUCCACAAACUCCGCACCCUCUCCCAAGAAUGCACCAACCACCUCGCCAUCUGCACUCACCUCGAGCAACAGUCGUCCAUCCACGACAAAGACGACGACGUCCGGCUCCGCAGAGAGUUCUUCGAGAUGCUGGCGCAGAAUCUCGAGGUGUUUAUCAGGGGCCAGGAAAGAGUCGUCGAGAAACUCUGGACGCAAUCGGACUGGAAAAGGGAGCAUGAUGUCCUCGGUGGAUUAAUGGGGUUGAGCAUGGGUGGUGAGUCGAGGGAAGCGAAGGAGGAGGAGGGGAUGGAGGGGUUGGAGGGUAGUUAG